UUGGACUGGUGGGCGAGCAUUUUGUGUUUACUGUCUACUAUCAAUUGCUUCUUUGAUAGGGUUUUCCUCUCUCUAAUCCCAGAGGAAAACAAUGGCGGACUACUUCCCCACGGAGCUCCUGAUCGAAAUCCUCCUAAGGCUGCCCGUCAAAUCCUUAAUCCGCUUCACCGCCGUCUGCAAGUCAUGGCACGCCCUUAUAACAAGCCCCAGCUUCAUCUCUUCGCACCUCUCAAACACUAGAAAUCACACCCUUCUCGCCAGGCGUUACGAUAAACACGACAAGCGAGAACGCUAUUCGCUACUUGAAGUCGCUGAAGGCGGACCUUUUGCUGUGAAAUCUUCGUCAGAACUCGGGUUUCCUUUCAAAUCCCAGAUUGGGUAUUUCAGAAUAGUGGGCUCUUGCGAUGGCCUCGUGUGCUUGUCCGAUGAUUUCUUCGCGAAUCCGUCGCAGCCCGUUAUUUUAUGGAACCCUUCUGUUAGAAAUCAUGUGAUUUUACCCAAGCCCACUAUUAAUCCGACAGCACCACACAUUUUUGUGUUGGGAUUUGGAGUUGCUGCUCAUGAUUACAAAGUUGUGAGGUUGGUUUACUGUAGGAAACUCGACGAUUUUGGCUUUAUUCUUCCCCCGCAGAUUGAGGUGUUUUCCCUUAAGACAGGGAGGUGGCGAAGGGUUAGGAGAGUUGACGUUAGGCUUCAAGUUCUUGAAUUCAUGUGGUGCCAAACUUUCUUGAACGGGGUUGUGCAUUGGAUCGCCUAUGAAUCUACCAAUGAUGACAGUACCCGUAGUUCAAUUCUGGCAUUUCGGGUUGGUGAUGAAGUUUUCGACGAAAUGAAGUUGCCAACUGAGUUGGCGAGGGAACCCGUGACGAACUUGUGUAUUUCCUUGAUAGGGGAAUCGCUUGGAGUGCUCAAAUACUAUAGAGAGGCUGGCAAUGAGUCAUGUGAUGUUUGGAUGAUGAAGGAGUACGGUGCGGAAGAGUCAUGGACUAAGUUAUAUAGGAUUGAUUUGUUCAAUGGGAUAGAAAAAGUAGUUGCAUUUUGGAAGAAUGGUGAAGCUUUGGUGGCUUUGCAGGGGCUUGAGUUGGCUGCCUAUAAUCAAGAGACUAAGCAGACUAAGGAGCUUGGAAUCUACGGGACUACACGCUCAUUCUAUGUCGAUAAUUAUGUGGAAAGCCUGCUCUUGAUGAGAGGACAUGGUGGAGCAAAUGUUGAUCCAUUUGAGGAUUUGAGUCUUGAAGAUGGCUGUUGUAUUGUUUAGGAUGUAUAAGCUUGUGGGGUGAAGAGUACUGCAAACAAGAAUCAGUUGGUGGAAUGAAGCUGAGCCAAGAAUUCUCUGUAACUCAUGAAUUAGGAUUGAUGUGUUGGAUUGGAUAGAAGAUGUAGUUGCAUUUUGGAAGAGUGGCGAAGCUUUAGUGGCCUUACAGGGGCUUGAGUUAGCUGCCUAUAAUCAAGAGACUAUUGCAGGCUCGUUCCUUGUCGGUUGCUAUGUCGAAAGCCUGCUCUUGCUGAAUGGACAUGGUGGCGCAGGUGGAGAUGCAUUAGAGGAGUUUGAGUCUUGAAGAUGGCUGUUGUAUUAUUUAGGAUGAAGAGUACUGCAAACAAGAAUCAAUUAGUGGAAUGAAGUAAAACAAGCUAAGCCAAUGCCUUUAUUCUUAACCUAUCUAAUUCAUUUGGUUGUGCUUGAAUCAGGUUUGAAUUGAUCUUGACAUUACAAGAUUUUUAUGCAUUGUUCUUCAAUCUUUAUUUU